UAGUAUAGAAAAAAACUUCAAAAUAGUACGGCUUCACACACAUUCCCGCAUCAUUAAACGAAUGUCUAACGCGAAAGUAUCAAACUAGCACCGCAAUACAGUUCAGAAUCGCUCGCACUAUCUUGGCCGCCGUCUCGUUCUUGCAACCGAACGCUUUCGAGUUUUCCCGUUCACGAUAUUCCAACUCAAAAUACGCCAAAAAUGACGUCGAGCCAGUGUUGUUUCGAAAACAGUGUCUCGCGUUUCUUUCAACUGACGCCGCGCGCCCGCUCACCAUUUAUUAUUUGGAAUUUUCCGAUCGACUGAUUACUGUCCGCGGCGGGGAGUCUAGUCGCUUUCGAAAAAGAUAAUAAAAAUUUUCUCAGCGACCGAACGGACGUCGCAAGCGGUGCUGUAAAUUGGUAAUAAUUCCGUUGAUUACACAGUAGUAAUACAUUGCCCGAAUAUGGGUUAGCGGCAAGGAAUUCCGAGAUCUUGCGACCAUUGACUUCUGUGAUACUUCAUAGUUUGUUUGUGUGUGUUUUCUAUUUUGUUUGUUUGAUAGUUGUGUACAGUGCAUUCCAAUCGUGAAAGUUACUAUAGAUUUGUGUUUUUGUGGUGUUUCGGAUUGUUUUGGAUGCCAGGAGUGGCCUGGGAGGAUGACCUAACGGACUCAUCAUCAGCGUCAGCUGAUCGCCGAACGUAAAAAAAGAAACAAACCACCGAAGUACGACAUUCCAAAGCAAAUGUACCUAAAAUAAAAGACAUAAGAGGCUUGAAGAACGAGCGCGAACGCAGGCGAGCACACGCGAACGCGAGCGAAGCGAACAGAGCGAGAUUAGACUGACGCGAGCGCGAACACAAAAGCACACAAAUGAAGAUGCUGCCCCAACAGUAUUGUUUAAGGUGGAAACACCAUCAUUCGAAUGUACAGAAUAUGUUCGCACAGCUGCUAGAAAAAGAGCGGUUCUGCGACGUGACACUGUACUGUUCACCGAGCUUCGCGACGCAGGUCCCCAAUAAAGACACGGUGGACCCCCACCACAUACGAGGGGUGUCUCUCAGGGCACACAGGGUUGUGUUAGCAGCAUGCUCGGAGCUCCUGGGCGCUUUGCUGGGCGCCCACGAAGCGCAGGGCGAGCCUGUGCUGGUCAUAGACGGCGCCGAGCCCAGACAUCUGAGGGCGCUGCUGGAUUACAUGUAUACUGGAGAGAUGAACGUGCAUCAUUGUAAAGUGAGCAUAAGGUGCAGUUCUGUGCUUGUCAUAGACGGCGCCGAGCCCAGACAUCUGAGGGCGCUGCUGGAUUACAUGUAUACGGGAGAGAUGAACGUCCACCAUUCACAGUUGGCGAGCCUUCUCAAGACGGCCGAGGAGCUGCGCAUCAAAGGCCUCACAGAUAUACGGUGGAACAAUAAAGAUGAGCCGCCUGACUGCGAGACAGGAGUAGUAACAGCCGUCCCAACACCAUUGAAACCGGAAGCGAAGCAGCCCGCAGCAGAGAAGCAGCCGUCGCCCAAACCGAAGUCGCCGAAGCAUUCCCCAGUGAAGUCCCCGAAGCAGAUGGAAGCAGAAGUGAAGAAAGAGACUGAAGAUGAGGUGGAUAUUAAACCAGAGAAAUACACGGUUAAUGGUGGCCCACCUCCUCUCAUAAAACUACCUACAAAAGAGAAACCCAGUCCGCCGAAGAGAGAGCAUUCAGAUUCAGAAACACCCAGUCCGAAGAGACAACGGCUCGCGAGCGGGACGGAACACACAGACGACGAGUCCGCUUCGCAUUCGUUACCUGACACGGGGAGAGAACGUGACCCAGAAUGGCAGCACGGGAAUCUGGAUAUAACAGCAGAACGUGUGGUCGGUUGGGGCGGAGGCCCGGAAUCAGCAGGCGACUGGUCGCGAGAGCCGUCGGACGAUGAGUGGGCCGAUGCUCCCACGGAUAUCGGGUCCUUCCUGCACACUAGAUUGAGGGUCGAUGGAGACAACAGCGCUGACGACGAGUCAAACGACAGCGCCGGCGGCGCGCGGUCGGUCUCGUCGGUCGCGGCGUCGUCGUCGUCGGUCGCCGACCGGACCGACGUCAAGGUGGAGCCGUUCGCGAUCACGCCACAGACCAAUAAACCGACGGUAGGCCCCAAAUCUGGCCCCACGGACCCUCGUUUCACAGACGUGGUGAAGCUGACGGACUACUUACAACACGGACGGAGGCCGCAGUUCUGGGAGGAGCACUAUGUUAAGAGGGUAAUGGAAGCAGUACGUAUGAAGGAGCUGGAGAUGAAGCAAGCGGCAGAGAUUCUCGGCGUGAGCUACGGGACGCUGUACGGGCGGUACAGAGACGUGUACGGGUGCAUCAACAGGCCGUACCGCAAGCAAGAGAUCCUCGGCGUGAGCUACGGGACGCUGUACGGGCGGUACAGAGACGUGUACGGGUGCAUCAACAGGCCGUACCGAACGGCCCGCGACUUCUGGCAAGCCAAAGGCCCGUCCGAAGUGCUGGAGCGACUGCAGCGCGGCGAGAUCUCGGUGGAGGCGGCGUCUCUAGCGCUCGGCGUCAGCGUCAACAACCUGGCCGCGUACAUGGCCGACUUCCCGCAGACGCAUCAGGAGAAAGAGUUCGAGCCGAUCCCCAUAGAGAUAGACCCGUCUCUAAAGAUGCGGCCUCGCACGUACAGCGCCGGCUCCGUCGCCGCCAAGCCGCCGCCAAGGAAACUAGCGCCAGUACCAGAAAAGCCAUUCCCCGCGAAGCCCGGCUCUCUCGACGGCGCGUUGGCCGCGGGUGAUCCCUUCCGCAAGCUGGCGCCUGCGUCGCUGACCGUCGCGCCCACCGCCUCGGAUAAGGUAAAAACAGCUACUAAGGACAUCUAG